AGAGAACCGCUGCGAUCAGCUGUUUUUAGAACACGAAGUCAAUCGUUCCCUCGCGCGGUGGAUUUAUCUCGUUCAUUUUCCUAAAUUAGUGUACUUUAUAUGUUUGUUUCUUAAUUAUCACAAAGUGCAUAAUACAGGAAAUAUACUACGGAUGCAGUUAAAAUGCAAAAUAUUAUAAUAUGGCAAAAAUAGCAUCGCUUGACACAUAUGCUAUAGGCUAUAGGUUAGAAUUAACCUCGCAACUAACUGGCAGUAUUAAGUGUCACAAUUAUCAGGUUUUUUUAUGAUAUUAAUAAGAAAUUAAAAUAUAAUAAGAAAAACAUUAUAAUUGUGAUAAUGAAACGUAAUUGCAAAUCGGAUACGAGUGAACCAGCGACUCCAAAAAUAAUUCCCUGGACUGCUGGUUUACUUAAAACGAUGGAGGAUCCUGAAUGUAUAAUCAAGCAAGAUGACAAAAUAGUUGUCAUUAAAGAUAAGUAUCCUAAAGCACAAUUUCACUAUUUGGUUUUACCAAAAGAGGAUAUCCUUUCCAUAUGGCAAGUGACAAGGAAUCAUCAAGAUUUGCUAAUACAUAUGCAUGAGAUUGCUCGUGGUCUUGUAGAGAAACACACAGAUUAUGAAUUCAUCAUGGGUUAUCACGCGAUGCCAAGUAUGCAAAGACUGCACUUACAUGUAAUAAGCACGGAUUUCUGUAGUCCUUGUCUUAAAACCAAAUAUCAUUGGAACUCAUUUACAACACCGUUCUUUUUACAUUCGUCAGAUAUAUCCCGUCAAUUGCACGAAGAAGGCGAAAUAAAAAAAAUUUCUUCGCAAAAAUGCAAAGAUUAUUUAAAUACGCAAUUGAAAUGCCACAAAUGCACAUUACAACCGAAAAAUAUGCCACAUUUGAAGAGACAUAUUUUAACACAUAUUGAUAAAAACAAUAAAAUAUUGAAUGUAUGUAAAUGUACGUAAUCAAACAUUUUUCUCUCUGAUGUAUGAAUUAUUUCCAGAAAAUAAAUAACGUAUUUAUAACAUA